UAGGAGAAAGCAACACAUUGGCGAUACGGGCCGCCGUUGCAGCAUCGUACGGGGUUGGGAUUGCGAAUGGAUGUUGGCGAGCGCUGUACUGCUACAAAUAACUGCUAAGGGUUUAUCGCCAGUUGAAGGGCUGACAUUAGUUAUAUAACAUGGCCGACGUGGAGCAGGGCUCGGCUGUGCCCAGCGGCAGCGCCGGAGUGGGUUCUGCUCCCUCGGGUGGAGCGGAGCCGGUGAACGGCACGGCGCAGUUCGUGUCCACGGCCGAGGGAACGGCGCUGGCCUACGGUAGCUUGGUGCUCAUGGCCCUGCUGCCCAUCUUCUUCGGCGCGCUGCGCUCCGUGGGCUGCUGUAAGAGCAAGAAUUCCUCUGACAUGCCAGAAACGAUCACCAGCAGAGAUGCAGCCAGAUUCCCCAUCAUCGCCAGUUGUACCCUCUUUGGACUGUACCUCUUCUUCAAGAUUUUUUCUGAAGAGUACAUCAACUUGCUGCUGUCUGUGUAUUUCUUUGUACUUGGAAUAUUGGCGCUGUCUCACACCAUGAGCCCGUUUAUGAACAGGAUAUUUCCGACCAGCUUACCCAACAAACAGUACCAGCUGCUCUUCACCCAGGGCUCGGGUGAAAACAAGGAGGAAAUAGUCAAUUACGAGUUUGACACCAAGGACCUGGUUUGUCUGGGAAUCAGCAGUGUCGUCGGAGUUUGGUACCUCCUCAAAAAGCACUGGAUCGCCAACAACGUGUUUGGCCUGGCCUUUGCCCUCAACGGUGUGGAGCUGCUGCACCUCAACAACGUCAGCACGGGCUGCAUCCUCCUGGGAGGCCUGUUCGUGUACGACGUCUUCUGGGUCUUUGGCACAAAUGUUAUGGUAACUGUGGCCAAGUCCUUUGAAGCCCCAAUAAAAUUGGUGUUCCCCCGCGACUUGCUGGAAAGGGGACUGGAGGCAAGCAACUUUGCCAUGUUGGGCCUUGGGGACAUUGUCAUCCCAGGUAUCUUCAUUGCAUUACUGCUUCGCUUUGAUGUCAGUUUGAAGAAGAACACACAGACUUAUUUCUGCACUAGCUUCCUGGCCUACAUCUUUGGCCUGGGCCUCACCAUGUUUGUCAUGCACACCUUCAAACAUGCUCAGCCUGCCCUGCUCUACCUGGUACCAGCAUGCAUUGGGUUUCCAGUGAUCAUGGCCUUGGUAAAAGGGGAGCUGACUGAAAUGUUUAGGUACGACGAAUCUUCCCCAGAAUCUGAGGCUGCAGCCAAGGAAGAGAAGGAGAGAUGCGAGAAGAAAGAGAACUGAUGGCGUCUGACUUUGCUCAGUCUCGUUCUGUAUUGUACCACAUGGUGACGCUGCUGCUCUCUAUUCGUUGUGCUGUACUUGAGAAUGAAUAUAUAAAGUGAUUGUUACAUUGGAUUUUUUUUUUUUCCUCCCUUCCUCAAGACAGUUAGCAUCGUAUUUCGUGCCUGUGUUACUUCAUAUCAUCGUCUUAUUUUUUUGAGUAUCUUUUUAAAGGCCAGAAUUUUUAAACGUGUUAUUCCCACCGACAGGCUUCAUUUGCGGACUUAAAUGAAACGUUGACUUUCUUACGGACCAACCAAAGAUUACAAGGAAAAGAUUUUGUUUAGUAUCGGUACUAAAUCGAUGGGUUUUAAAUUCAUUUUAGCUGAGAAACUGGAAAUUAGUAUUUUUGUAUUUUUGCCGUAAUGUGUUAGCCCUUUCCAACAUAUGGGACAGGGAAAGCUUUAAAUUUACAUGUAUGUACAUCUGUGCAUUCGUGUAUUUAUACAGUACAAAUUUUGUUUUUUUAUUAUAUACUUUACAUUGCAUUUUUGGGAUAUAUUUGAAAACAGCUGUUUGUCUCAAGUACCAACAAUGCUGCUCUUCCUUUUGAGGGACCAAGGACCAAUAGUGUACCAGUAACAAUGUGCACAAGUGUGGUUGUUACAUAGAACUUUAAUAGACGAAAUAGACGGUCUGGUGUCAUAUGAGACAUAUGACCUCAGCGACACAACUGAAAUGAAGCACAGGCUUCAGUUUUUAAUUCGAUACAGGAUGGUUGUCCUUAGAAAUUAUAGUUAAUGAUUCUCCUCUCCCACUUUGUAAUAAUCAUUGAUCGUGUUAAUGAUUCUGGCCUUAGGGAGGUAAUGACGGGGCGAAGCUGGAUUGGGUGGGGAAAUUUCUUCAUUUUGAGUAGCUGUUAGUUAUUGGUAUGUCCAAGCUUUGCACAGUCAGCUUUCAAAGUAUCCCAGUUUUUGCAGUAUGUUUCUUCUGCUUAUAAAGCCAUUGGAAGUUUAGGGCCGCUUUUUUGUUGAGGAGCGCUUUCUUUGUUCAAUAAAUUAUGGCUUUUUG